AUGAGUAAAGCAUCUGAAAGUAAUAAGAAUAUGGAUGAUCAAAGAAUACACUUUGAUGAAAAAGACAAAAAAAAAUUGUUUUUGUAUGGUUAUGAACAACAGUUACUAUAUGGAAGAAUAAAUUGGAAACUCGCCGAAAAAAAGAAAAUAACGAAAUACCCGAUAAAUACUAUGAAAAAUUUGUGGAAUAAUAGCAUAGCUAAUUGCUUACCACAAUUUAUAGAGAAUUAUUCUAAAGAUGUCGAAAAACUAAACGAAAUGAAAAAACAAAAAAAGUUGAAUGCAGCGUCUAAAAUAAUUAAAAAAAAGAACAAACUAACACCAGCCAAAGUACAGUUUGCUAAGCAGAGGUCAAACAUCUCGAUGAACCGAGUAAUUAAAGGAGCUAGCUUAGAUUACAAAAAAUUAAAUACACAAACAUUAAAAAAUAAAAAAGCGGUUAAUUCUAUUUUAAAAAAGAAAACAAUAAAUAAAAGCAUAGAUAAGAAGAAAAAAAUUGUGGAACUAAAGAAUAAAAAUUUACCAUUAGGUAAACAAAAAACAAAAAAAUAUCUUAUUGCCUCAAAAAAAAAAGAGGAUGUAAUAAAUAAACAAAAGGGGGAUGGAAAAAAUGACAAAAAAAAAAAAGAAGAAAAAACAAAAAAGAACGGAAAAAUAAAUAAAAACGAAAAGGAAAAAAAAGAAGAAAAAGGAAAAAAUAAACUGAAAAAGGAAAAUAAAAAUGGAGAUAAAGGUGGAAAAAGUGAAAAAAAUAAAAAUGAUGAUAAAAGAGAAAAAGCUAAAAACGAUAAAGUAGUUAUAAAAAAAAUUGGAAAAAAUGAAAAGGAUAAAAUUGAUGAAAAGACAGAUAAGAACAAAAAAGAAAAAGAAAAAAGUAAAGAGAAGGAAAAAAAUGAUGAAAAGAGUAAAAAAGAUAAGUUAAAAAAAGAGGACAAAAAGGACGAAAAGGAGGAGGAUAAGGAUAAAAAUAAAGACAAAAAGGAUAAGCCAAAAAAAGAUGAAAAGAAGGACGAUAAGGAUAAAAAGGAAAAGAAGGAUAAUAAGAAGGACAAGAAGGAGGAUAAAAAGGACGAUAAAAAGGACGAUAAGAAGAUUGACAAACGGGACGAUAAGAAGGUUGAUAAACGGGAUGACAAAAAGGAUGACAAAGGGGAUGACAAGAAGGUUAAAAAGAAUAUUUUAAAAACUCAAAAAACUAAAAAGUAA